UUUAUUUAUAUUUUCAGGUGUGAUUUGAGAAUAUUGAGUGAUGCAAAUACGUUUUUCAUCGAGACAAUUAUUGAGCAUUUGAGAAUUAAACACUGCUUUUCUGAAAUCAACACGAACCCAAGCCACGUUGAUGAGAAAGGCUGCCUGAGAAUUUCUCCCUUUGUCGAUUUUCGGGCAGGCCCUCAUGGCUGCCCGCGCUGCCCGCCCAACAUGUGCAAGGGUAUGGUUAUAGAGAAAAUUCAAGCUUCAAUAGCUAAGGAAGGUAGCAAAAGGAUGAUAUAUUUGGGCAAUGGUGCGGGUGAUUUUUGCCCGAGCUUGAAGCUAAGAGAAACCCAUUUCAUGAUGCCGAGAAAAGAUUUUCCCGUUUGGGAAUUGAUAUGUGAAAACCGAGAGGUUUUGAGAGCCGACGUGCACGAAUCGGUUAAUGGUGAAGAUAUGGAGAUAAUUUUGCUUCAGCUUAUUGAGAAGAUUAAGGUUCAAGAAAAGAACGGCUUCAACUCGGUUCAAAUGCUAUCCGUUGAUUGUAAGCUUGAGACUGUAAUUCCAAUGGCGGCUUAUGAGGCUUCAUCAGUAGAAUAUGUAGUAGUUUAA